UUUUACGUGGUGGUCAUUGACCAGAAGUGAAAAUCCUCGACGGAAGUCGGCAAUGGGCGAAUGAUCCUAGCAGUCGUGCCCAACAUUUUUUGUGAAACGCAUAAUUGAAUUGAAUUGAAUGCCUAUUGAUACAUUUUUCAAACAUUGUCAACGAUGAUAACUAAGCAUUAUUUACAGGGGUACGAAGAAUUUUCGAAAUUCUUCAGUGGCGAAUUCGAUUCAAAUGAUCAAAUUGUUUUUGUAUAUUUUACUGGUUCGAAGCUUCCCAGUGGUGAAAGUUGGUGCCCAGAUUGUGUAAAAGCAUGGCCAGUAGUAGAAAAGGAGUUGGAAAAAUUUCCAGAAAAUUGCCAUUUUAUUGUAGUGGAAGUCGGCGAUCGACCAACAUGGAAAGAUCCAAACUGUCCGUUUCGUAAAGAUCCGAGGACCAAACUAAUGGUCAUCCCAACUCUGAAACGUUGGAACACGCACCAAAAGUUGGAAGGUGAUCAGUGUGAAAAAUCAGAUUUGUUGGAAUUAAUUUUUGGCUCAGAAGAAUAGAUCCAACGAAAGCAAAACAGAAGAGCAUUCAAUAAAGUUUGACCUCAUUGUGCAUUAUAAUCUUAGUCUUUGGUGAUGUUAUCAUAUUGAAUAAAAGGUUGUUAAAAUCAUAUCUCAAAAAGGGCUA